AUGGCAGCUCACCUUGAUUCAGCUAAAUCAGCAAUCAAAGAUUCACUAUAUGAUGAAUCUAAACCCUGGUGUAAAUUUUUCGGUUGGGCUGAAGCACAAACAGGAAUCAAUAGACUGAAUUUAUUUAUUGGUUUGGCGGUGUUUCUUGUGUUAUACUUAUUAAUUGGAUAUGGAACCUUGUUGUUAAGUAAUUUGAUUGGCUUUUUAUACCCAGCAUAUGCAUCAAUUAAAGCUGUUGAAUCUAGUGGAAAAGAUGAUGACACAAAAUGGUUGACAUAUUGGGUGGUAUUUUCAUUUAUUACACUUAUUGAAUUACCAGCUGCAAUUUUACUAAGCUGGAUACCAUUUUAUUCUUUAAUCAAAACAAUCUUUUUUGUGUGGUGUUUUAUACCAAUCACCAAUAAUGGUUCUGUGGUUGUAUAUAAUAGAUUUAUACGUCCAUACUUUUUAAAACAUCAAGGAGAUAUUGAUCAAGCAGUAAAUGAUCUUUCCAAAAAAGCUACUGAUGUUGCAUUUGAGAAAUUAGUUACUGCAAAAGUAAAUUAA